CCUGGGGAGCAACCCCAGGCCUUCCCACGCCUGCUGUGUGAUUCCUCCCGGGCCGCCCGCGCGCCCCAGGCCCCGUCCCGAGGGCCGCCAGGGAGGUGGGGGAGCCGCCUGGGACCCAGGAGGGGACAGAGCCUGUGGCCCGAACGGCCGGGGCCCGGGGAGGGCUCCGGACGAGGAGCCCCGAGCGGCGCCUCGGACACGCCCCAGGGGCGGAGGAGGGCAGCAUCUGAGAGACGACCCCCCCCCACCCCACGUCCGAGCGGCGCCAGGUCACACUCCAGACAGGCCUGGGAAGAAAAAAGAUCCGCCCGCCCAGCGGCGGACCGCCGGGACCAGGGCGCAGGCGCGGCCCGGGGCGGAAGCGGAAGCGGAAGCGGCAGGGCGGGGCCAGCCGCAGCAGAACUUCCGCCGGGCUCGGCUCCGCCCCCUCGGGGGGCUCUCCGAACGACUGUGGGCUCCACCCCUAUUCUUUGACGGCCCCCACGCGCGAGGGCGCGCCCUCCGCCUCCCGCCCCCCGCCCCGCAGCGCACCCCAUCCCAAGCUCUUGGUGUACCCGACGUCUGCCCGCCUCUGCUCCCGCAGCGAGCCCCACCUCUCCGCCUCCGUCACUCCUUGCGUACCUCACCGCGUGCCCCACCCCAAACCCCCAGAGUACGCACCCCUCCCCGCCUCCCUACCCCCAGCGUACCCCACCCUUCCCCGCCCCCUACACCCAGCGUACCCGGCCCCUCCCCCACCUCGCUACCCGCCCCCCCCACGUACCCUGCUCCUCCACCAGUGACUGCUGCCUCCCUAAUGGUCCCCCCCCCCGACCUUCUACGCUGUGCCCUUCUAACCCCUGCCCUGAUCCGCACCCCCCCCUCAGCCCACUCCGUGGUCCCCGCAGAGCCCCUGGAGAGUAGAGGGCCAGCCUUGGGGUGUGGUCCGGGCGGAGUCAAGGUCCCCAGAGGUCGGCUGUCGGCUGGGGGCACAUACCCCCCCCCCCCCCCACUGGGCUGGAGCCAAGGGAGCCCGGGAGGUGCAGACAAGCAGGCCGAGGGGCUGGACAUGGACAGCCGGAAGCAUUUGGCUAAUGCCUCGCUGGGGAAGAAGUCGGGGCUGCCGCUGCCCCAAGAGCUCGGGCAGCCCCCUCCCCCUGUGAGUGCGACCACGGCUUGGAGCCAGCCCGGUGCCCAGAGCGGAGGGCAACAGGUACUGCAGACUCAGGACUGGUUUUUCAAGGCUUCAAAGACACACAUUCUAAGACGUCUGGAAGGAUUGCCUGUGGCACGUGUGACAUUCCCAACCAGAGUCCACAGAGAGGCGCUUCGCAGCAGCAGGAGAGCCGUGUCCAGAGCUGGCUUCUUGAAUUUCCUGCUUUGCAAUCUGGUCUGUGGCUUUUUUUCUAACUUUCCAGCGUUUAAAACUUCAUCUUCACAGGACAGGAGUGCACCCUGGAUCCUCGCUUGUUUCCAAGUGUGCCAGCCGGCCGAGAGCGGGCGCCGGAGCCACCGCUGGAGCGUCAGCAUCGACGAGCGCCGGCGACUGGCCGUGCAGGGCGGCCGGGAGAGGCCGGGGACCGCCGGGCCCCCCUCCCACUCCAGGGACCGCUCGCGGCUCGUGGCCCAGCUGGUGUCCGAGGACGUGGACAAGGACGUGCUCCUCCCCCACGCUCCGAGGCCCUCCGAGGCCGCCAACGCCUUCCAAGCCUUCCUGGCCCCGAGCGCGCCCUUCUGGCAGACCGUGACUUUGGAGGCGCAGCUUCUAGAAGCUGCCUGCAACCCUUGGCCUGUGGCCCUUUCCUCCACCUUCAAAGCCAGCAGCAUGGCGUCCCUCUGUCCCUGCCGCACGUCUUCUCGGGGGCUUCUACGUCUUCCAACUUCAGGCCCCCGUGCUGAUGUCGGGCCCCUGGUCCUGCGGCUACUCUGAAGUCCUGGCUUGGCAGUCCCAGCCCCCCCUCCACCACCCCGCUCCGUGGAACCUGGCAUAUGCAGGUUCAAGGCGAGGACGCGGAUAGGCACGCGCGCUGGUUCAGGGUGAGGACGCGGACAUCUUUUGGGGGGCGCUCUGCUUUCCACAGGCGGCCCUGGCAUCGAGUGGGCAGAACCGGAGUGCUGUUUCAAUCCCGCAGAGCACAGAACCCCCCCUGCAACCAAGAAUGAUGGGGCCCCAGGUGUCCACAGUGCCCCGGCCGAGCGUCCCUGGGAGGCAGGGGGGUCCAUCCAGCAGAUGGUGCACGGCAGUAGGAUGAGCGGGGAGGGAGAGUCCUGGGGCGGCAUCCGUCUGGUGAGGGCAUCCCCCGGGCCCCCCUGAGGGACACCGCAGUGCUCCCCACCGUAUGUCCACUCUUACCAGCUCCUUCCCUUCCUUUCAGCCAGGCGGGUGUCUCUUCCAGCUCCAGUAGCAACAACGCGUCCCUCCCAGGACUCACGGGGAACCCCCCAGGUGGUGGGCCAUCAGGGAACACCUCUGAGUUAGGGAAGACCUUUGGAGACAUCCCUGGGCUGAGGGCAUUGGG